AUGCCCCAGGGCUCCGUCUGUGCCCGGGACGUGCCCCGUGGAGCUCCGGCCCAAAGCCUCCGCCCCUUCUCCCCGCGCGUGGAAAAGGACACGGCCAGUGCCGCGAAGAAACGGCACCAUGAAAUGGCACUGUGUCACCUGUGGGUUGCCAACGCAGGAAACUUGUGGGGAUUUGUGGCACCCGCGAGAUCCACUGCUAACUGUACCUUACCUUUGGAGAGUGCCUCUAAACAGUGCCACCAUGUGUUUACUGUAUAUAGUGUAAAUAGUGACGCACGUGCAUCCUACGAGUGGAAAUGCCUCAGACGGCGGCGGUGUGGUGGGUCGAGUGAGCAAAGAGAAGCGAAGAUCCACAGGCGUGAUAAUAUUUUGGUCUCUCGUGAAUCCCGGGACAGCGAACAAGAGGGCGCUGAGACCCACACGCCCUCGUCAAAGAUAACCACACCGUCCAGUGAUAACCAGUACGUCGCCUGGGGGCAUGAGGCGAGGGCAUGGCACCAUGAGCUGGUGUUCGGCCACGAGGAACACCUCUCCCGCGAGCCCGCUGGGGCGCCUUCGAGCAAGAUGAAACCGCUACGAUCUCAAGUUAGCUUUAGUAAGGAUAGGAACUUCACCUUUCGUCGCAAAACCGACAGUUUCAAAGAGAAGAAAGAUGAAGACAGCGAUAAGGAGAAGGAAAAGGAGAAAGAGAAGGAGAAGAGUAAAGGCAAAGACAAGGAGAAAAAGGGAGACGGCCACCAGAUAACGUCUGCCAUCGCCUCGUCGCUCGCCGCAACGCUGUCGCCAUUCUCAUCGUUUGUCACUUCUCAUUCCCCCCGGGGCAGCCGCAAGCCGUCCCCGAGCCCCACGGGUUCUCGCAGGUCGAGCCCCCCCUCCCCCAGGGUGCAGGAGGCCCCGCACCAUCACCCCCUCCUGCCCGUGCCGAGGACCAACUCCUUCUCCCACCGCGCGAUCCCUCACACGCCGCACCCGAAGGCCCGAACCAACUCCUUCAACAUCCCCAACUCCUCCACGACCCCAAGGGCCUCGUGCUCCCCUGCAAAGGCGUCCUCGAGGGCGUCCUGCUCCCCGCUCCCUUCCAGCAGCCCCAGCAUGUCCCCCAGCGCCUCCAGCCCCUCCCUCAGCCCCAGCACCAGCAGGUCGGAGAGCUCGUCCUCCGUCAGCGACACCACGGACGAGGACCCGCCGCUCCCCAGGCUUCCCCACGGGGGAUGCCGACCCAAAAUCCGGGUCUCCUCGGAGGACGACGACAGCGUGGAGCCCUCGCCGCCCGCCGGGGACGAGGGCGGCGACAAGGGGAGUGCCGGGGGCGAGAAGAAGGCCAAGAUAGCCCAGGAGCCUCGGGUGCUUCCCUACAGGAUCGAGGAAGGCUGGGAGCUGCGUCAUUCCACUGACACAGUAGCCAAGCACAGGAAGACGUGUCAGAGCUGCAAGUGUACCAGGGAACUCCACGACGUCUACCACGAGGAUUGGGUCAACGUGAGGGAGCGACUUGGCCUCGGCGAUUCCCUCGGACGCAGCAGCCGAGAGUUGUGCCUUCAGGAGGGCUACACGUGGGUGCCACCUGGCCUCACCAGCGAGCAGAUCUAUGACUAUAUGAGCUGCCUGCCGGGCCACAAGGUUCCCCGGCUCGGCACACCCGGAGAGAAGUCGCGAGAGAGGCAGUUGAUGUUGCAGUUGCCCAAGCAGGACCUGGCGUUGGACUACACGCGUCACGUUGAGCCACAGUUCCAUACUUCCUUCAAGGAUUUUGUGGCUGCUAGGAACGAUAUUGCACUGGAUAUCGGCAUUAUUAAGCCCCACAUUCCACAUGAUAUUGAGUGCCGAGGUUGCGGAGGCGUGGUGACCAAGGGCAGCGUCGGAGUGGUGGCACCCCGUUUCGGCGAGGAGGCGGCGUGGCAUCCGGCGUGCUUCGUGUGCGGCACUUGCAACGAACUGCUAGUGGACCUCGUGUACUGCGUGUGGGAGGACACCAUCCACUGCGCGCGCCACUACGCCGAGAAGCUCAAGCCACGCUGUUCCGCUUGUGACGAGCUCAUUUUCAGCGGGGAGUACACCAAAGCCAUGUCAAAGGACUGGCAUUCGGGCCACUUCUGUUGCUGGCAGUGCGACGAGUCCCUUACUGGGCAGCGCUACGUCCUGAAGGAUGACCAUCCCUACUGCAUCAAGUGCUACGAGGCGGUCUUCGCUAACACCUGCGAGGACUGUAACACUACUAUCGGCAUCGACUCCAAGGAUUUGUCGUACAAGGACAAGCACUGGCAUGAGAAAUGUUUCCUGUGCAACAAGUGCCAGGUGUCCCUCGUGGACAAACAAUUUGGAUCCAAGAUGGACAAGAUAUUCUGUGGCCCUUGUUAUGACUCCCAAUUCGCCACGCGUUGCGACGGCUGCGGAGAGAUCUUCAGGGCAGGCAACAAGAAGAUGGAAUACAAGGCCCGGCAGUGGCACGAGAAAUGCUUCUGCUGCUGCGUGUGCAAGACGCCCAUCGGGACCAAGAGCUUCAUCCCCAGGGACCAGGAGAUCUACUGCGCCGCCUGCUACGAGGACAAGUUCGCCACUCGAUGCGUCAAGUGCAACAAGAUCAUCACCUCCGGCGGUGUGACUUACAAGAACGAGCCCUGGCAUCGGGAGUGCUUCACCUGCACCAACUGCAGCACCUCCCUGGCCGGCCAGCGCUUCACCUCCAGGGAUGACAAGCCCUACUGCGCGGACUGCUUCGGGGAGCUCUUCGCCAAGCGCUGCACCGCCUGCACCAAGCCCAUCACAGGCAUUGGUGGCACCCGCUUCAUCUCCUUCGAGGAUAGGCACUGGCACAACGACUGUUUCAUCUGCGCCGUGUGCAAAGGGUCCCUGGUGGGCAAGGGCUUCAUCACAGACGGCGCCGACAUCCUCUGUCCGGAGUGCGCCAAGCAGAAGCUGAUGUAAACGUGCUUCGGAGCUGCCUGCGUCCUGGAUCAACUCCUCUCUUCGAAACAUUUAUUUCCAAACGACACAACCAUAUCUCGUGUUCAUAUUGUUUGUUUUCUGGAAAUGAAGAUCUUUUUUUAUUAUUUUGUGGGUUCACUGGUUUAUAAUAUUUACUUUGUUUACGAGUACUUAACGAUGUUUGCUCGGGCGACACUGAAAUCAAGUGCCUAAAUUUUUCAUUCAUGUUGCCUGAGACUUGAAACAUCACUUGUGAAUCUAAAGUACACUAAAAUAGUAAUAAACUAAUUACAAAUGGGGAAAAAUUGGUGAUGUUUCACACUUCUAAUGUGCAUGCCUUCGACCUAUGGACUUUUCCCCUCUUCUCUGUUUAGUAUUCUUAGGAGAGAUAAGUUUAAAAAAAAAACUUAAAGAUAUCCGAAUCGUCCUACAUCAAUGUUGUUUUAUAUAUCAUGACGUUAUCACGGUAACUAGAUAGAAAAGUGUUUGGUUUCCUUCUCUUUAGAUUCAUGCAAUAUAAGACGUAUAUUUUGGUGAUGUGAAAUUCUAGGACAGCAAAGUUAAUACGCUAUACUUGAAGUCCUUGGAAUACGAGUGAUCCCCAGAAACAACGUUUUGUAAGAGCUUUUCCUAGGCACAUGGAUGGACGAUCCAAUGUACAGUGUAAAGUAUAAAGAAAAAGAACUAAAUUCCAGUGUUUCAUCCUGUUGUCAGUUUUGGAACAAGAUUAAGACCAAACACGCAACUCACGGGGAAAAUCAGAAAGGAGGCAAAGAAAUAUCAACAUUGUGGAUUUAUUAUUAAGCAGGAAGUAACCGUGUUGCCUUAAAUACUGCUGGAAUUCCCUGGAAUGGUUGUCACUGCCAUUAUUUCGACUUUGUUUAACUGAUAUUUUUUUCUAUCUCUAACAAUAGCUCUGUGAAUGCAUAAACAAAAUAUUGAUUAUUUAUUUCACGAGGGUGUUCAAAAGAAUCUUCAUGCAAAACAUGAAAACGAAGAAAUAAAUUGAGUGAUAUCAAUAUGACAAUGACAUUCGUUCACAUCCACCCUCAGUGAGUUCCGUCAUUUUGAAAUCCACAAUUCAAGAUGGUGCUUGAGCUCGUUUGCACAAUUAUUUAUAUAUAAAUAUAUAUGUUAUUAAAGACGUGGGCCGGCAGAGACCCACACUCACCACAAAAACCCAUAUAUAGAUACCCACUGUGUGCAGAAACCCCAGCGCCGAUUUUGCAUCACGUUAGGCAACCCAUGUUUUCUUUUGUAUGGAAAUCAGAACUUUGGGACAGAUUCCUAGCCUAUCUAUCUAUACAGGGUGUAAAAAAAAUAAGAAGAUAAAUGGGUUUAUUUUUCUUCCAAUUCACUGUAUUCUACUUUUUUGUAUUUUUUGUUGCUUUUAAUUUUUCUUAUGAUGAAUUAUGACCUAACUUGGGCUGGACUGUAGAUUUGUAGAGAAGUGACCUUAUGUUGGCCGUGUUCUGAUCCUUGACUAGAGAGUGCCAUACCUAAGGAGGUGGAGUGGCAAGGAUUCGAACACAAUGCUGCCUUAAUAGCAUUAUUCUAACUUAAUACUGUAGUAUAUUCUUGCAUAGAUUUAUUCUUGACAGUUAUGCUUAGACUAUAGUUGCAAUAGCUCUGUUUACUAAGUAUUUUCUGAAUGUUAGUAACGAUGUUUUUGGCAUUCAUUGCUGGAUCUCACGAAGGGAGUGCGAGGCCAGGGACGAACACCUGCCUGGUUUGCAUUCACUGACAGAUGACUCAACAUUCAUUACCAAAAUGUAUUUUACAAUUAUUCUUAAAAUACUUUGGAAAUCGGGGCACUAAGAACAAAAAAAAAAUGUUGUUCUUUAUCCUUUAUAAGCUGAAUUAUAAUUAUGUAUAUAAUGAAAUAAAUAUACCUAGCUUGCUUAAUAACAAAAGUAUCACACGUCAAGCAUCUGAUGUGUGGUAAUAAUACAACACUGCUCUGUCGCUGUGCGAUUCUCUUCAGUAUCCCCCGUUUUAUUUUCAGUUUUCUUUCUGUUUCUCUCUCUCGCAUAAUGCUUCGUACAGAUUCCCCCUACAGUUUCAUUAAAUUAUUACGAUCCUGCCAGUUAUGGAAUGUUCAGCUCGUAUAUCUUUUAAUACUUUGAUGUUGCUAAAUUCUUCUCUCUUUAUAGAAUUGCCUGUUUUAUUCCAUUAUUCAGUGGAGAAAUAUAAGAUGUAUAUUCAGUAACGAUGAAUACCAUUUGAUCGAACUACAAUGACUGCGAAAUCAUGUUAGUGUGUCUGGCCGCUGCGAAGUCGUGUAGACCAGUUCUCAAUAGUUCUUAUCAACCUGUAAUCAAUCUCUUUGCCUGUUUGUAAUUGAAAUAUAUCAUUAUCGUCAGUGCCUCCACUCUAAGCAUGUGAAUUUUCAUCCAGAACCAUGAUAUAUUGGUAAAACUUACUUCGACCUGAUUGUAAACACAAACAAAAGCCUUUGAAGGGAAGAAGUGUCCCUGACUAUGCAAAAAAGAAAAGAAAAAAAAAAAAAAACUAAUUCCUAGUUUUUCAAUAAAGGAAAAAUAUAACGCUACAUGCAAUACAAUCAUCUAAAAUGGAAUGAAUGAAAGAGCAUUGACAAAAGUGAACUGUUUCGCACAUUUAGAAAUAGAACGAUGCCACACGUGCUUGACAAGUAAAAGUUUCGUCCAUAUACUGGUAGGAGAAGCUGGAUAGUCUCAGAGCCCUCAAUUGUCACUUAGAGAAAAAAAAAUAACAAAAUUGUACAUUAUACUCUUAAAUCACUUUGCAUACGUGAUGAAGCCAACAAUUAAUGGACAUUAGUCAAGUCAUUGGUGAUUUUUUUUUCCUUUUUUUUCCCCCCUUUACGAAAUACCACGUGACACACCUACGAUUACGCACCAGAUUGUCGUCUAAUGUACCAAAUUUGGAGUUGCAAACCCCCCUUUGUAAUAUAUCUUGUGGAGUGAGCUGUGAGAAUGGUGCUAUAUGUGUGAGCUUUGUGUUGAACCUGGUAUUGUUGGUGCACAAUUAUACUAAUGCUGAUGUAACCGAGUCUCUAUAAUAAAUGUGUUACAGUAUAAA